AUGACUCAAGCAUCCACCAAGGUUCAGCAGCUCAUUGACAACAACUCUGUUGUUGUCUUCUCCAAGUCUUACUGCCCUUACUGCAAGCAGACCAAGAAGACUCUGGAUGAGCUUAACGCCGAGUACGAGCUCCUCGAGCUUGACGAAGUUUCCGACGGCUCUGCCCUCCAGGAUGCUCUUGAGCAAAUCUCUGGCCAGCGCACUGUUCCCAAUGUCUACAUCAAGCAGCAGCACAUUGGCGGCAACUCUGACGUUCAGAGCCUAAAGUCUGGUGGAAAGCUUGCUUCCCUGCUCAGGGAGGCUGGUGCCCUGAAGGCGUAA